AUGGGUUCAAAACUCUCGCAUUGCACAUGCUCGGAUCUCGGCGAAACAAACGAAUCAAAUGAAAUAACACUUUCUCGUCAAGUUGUUUCUUUGGUUCCAGAAUUUAAUAGUGAUGAUGUAUAUAUAAAUUCAUUCACUGCCACACAUGUAUCAAAAUUGUUACAAUCCGCAGAACGUAAAUUACAAUCUCAUGAAUAUACAAAAUCCGUUAAAUUCUUGCAACGAGCUACUCAGUUAGGGUCAGCUUUAGCAGCCGCGAGAUUGGGGUCAAUAUACAGUCAAGGUCUUAACGCUACCAUAGCUCAAGACUUUGCAACAUCAGCAGCGUAUUUUUUUUUAGCUUUAAAACUUAUCAUGAUGAUACCAUCUACAUCAUAUUCUUGGGAUUUACUUCUUGUUCUCGAAAUCGUUAUUGGAUUAACCGAUCUAUAUCGUCAGAAAUUGAACCAUCGUAGUGAAACAGAUAUUGAUAUUAUAGAGUGUGGA